AUGGGAUUCUGGGCCGAAUGUGAGAGCAAUGGAGGACUCGUGAAGAAGCUUCCUUCCAUCAAGGAGGACGAGGAGGGGUCCAAUUCAGAGGGGGAACGCUCACCUAUUCCAAAAAUUCCCCCCCUGGGCAGAUUGGGAAGAGGGCUGCGCUCGCCCCUGCGCUCGCCUCUACGCUCCCCUCUGCUCCCGCCGAGACCCUUCAGACUAGGGAGCGACCACACUCGGCCCACCAGCCUGCAGAUCCCUGUGGUGGGCUUAAGCUGCCUGCAGCCUGAGCUCAGUCCUCGGUUUGUGGAUGGCGUCGACUCCGAAAACCAAAGUGGUUUUGCCACAAAGUUUGAUUUCACUCCCAGCUCCCCGCAGAGUUUCCUAGGCAGCUUUGAUUCAGCUCCGGCAGAAGGGCACGACGACUGUGACACCAUGCAGGCCAUCACUAAACUCAAACACGAGAUGAAGGUUCUGUCUCGCCAGGUAACCACCAUGAGCCAUGAGCUUCAGGAAAUCACGCGACUUCUCAAACCACUUUUUCACAACAACCCCUCGAGCCUGCUGAUGCCCAACACCGUGACUCCGCCUCCGAGCGUCUCGUCACACGGUUGCUCCCCGGCGCCAGCACUUUUUACCCAGCAUGCAGAGGACCGACAGCGCCUCCUGGUACCCGGGCCAUCAUCUCCUCCAAUGAGCAUGACGCCGUUUGAAGGCGCAGCAGAGUGCGACAUCUUUCGCUGGUCCGAUUCCCAAACCCUCACCUCCAGUGACCUACCAGUUGGGUCUCAUUGCUCAGCUCCGCCAUCACUUAACAGUUCUCCCCAUGUACACACGCUGAUACCGCUUCCCGCCUCGUCCUCCAUCCCAUCCCUCUCUUCUUCAUCCACCCGCACGACUCUUCUGCUGGACUUGACAGGACCAAAUGUUGAGCCACAGUCUCGAUAUCCUCCCCGCCCUUGCUGCCAUUCUAAUGUUUUCCAGCCCUCCAUGACCACGGCCCAAGGGGAGGUCAUGUGGGAAGACCACGCCACCCAGCUCAGCUUCGUGGACGAGGUGCAGCCAUGAGCGUAAGCCGAGAGCGCUGGACUAAAAGAGCGGGAAAUUGCACGCCACACCACUUACUCUCCUGCAUGACUAACAUGACAGUAAAAAAAAAAAACAUCAACUGUUGGAGGGACAGCGCUUGCAAUAAAAGUUUUACUGCUUUAA